AUGUAUGCUCUACACAAACUGCAAAUAAUUCGAUUAAAUGCGAAUUCACAAAUGCAGCGUGUGAUAUCUGGAAACAGACUGGCAACAAAUCCACUAUCUGCCUGUAAAGAAAUAAAAACUUUUUCACUGCCAAGAAGCUUCAACAUCCAAAUUCAUGAAGCAAAUGAAGUUGCAUCAGCUGAAGAAAUCCGCAAUAAUGAAACCAUCAGCAUCGGAAUUGCAGGAAAAAUGUUCUCACAAUCUGAAAUCAAUGGCUGUACUAUGAAAUUCCUGCUGAACGCUUGUAAAACUUGCUCACUAAUAAAUCUGCUUGUUUACAGCUUUAUGAGAUCACUAGAUUCAGUACUGAAGACAUUCAGUGGAGCCCAGAUUAACUUAAAAGGAAAUACAAUGGAGCAUAAAAAACCUCCAUUAGUAAUUGUCAGUUCAUGGAAACCACCCAAUCUGUUUGCCGUGGAGUCAUUCAAUGCCUUCAGUUUAAAUAUUAGUGCAAAUAAAUCAUUGAUUGCAAACAUGGAUCAUGAAUCUCCUUUCAAGGCAGACUUAGGCACCUCCAAAACCUACAAAUUAGUCCUGAAAUUGAAGAUGGAAUCCACACAAAAAUGUUUCAAAUACAAAGCAAUACCAUUUCCUAUGAUGGGUAAUGCUAAAGAAGAAAUUGAAACAUUGACCAAAGAAAGUAUCUGGAAGAUAGUGAAGAGCACUGAAAGGGCUACACAGGUUGUGGUUGCACCAAAGCCAGUUGGAUCAAUGAGAAUUUGUGGAGAUUUUAGAGUGACUGAAAACCCACAGCCAGAAAAAGACCAGUAUUUGAGUCCAAGGCCAGAGGAGCUCUUUCAAAGAACAUCAGAAAUGACAAAUGUUUUAUGA